AUGGCGUCGUGGGGAGAAGUUGUAGCUGCUGAGCAGCAGGCAGAGAACAAAACGGCUUCUGUGUCAGAGGAAUUAAAAAGUGCAAAACCAUCUGAAAAGUCAAAAGAGCUCAUUAUCCCAAUGAUUCAGAAGAAUCGCUGGCGCAGAUUAGACCAAGCGAGCCACAGUGAGGGCAGUGAAGCGAAAACGUCACCGUCCACCCAAAAGGAUGACUCUGUGGAGUCUCAAGCUGUCAAAGAGCUAAUUGAAGACUCUCGAAGACAGCUUGAGCAGUGGCAGAGUGGCUCUCAAUCAGAAAGCAAUCUCAACCUCACCAUCCCGCUACUGAUGCAAAAUAAAGUGCCUGACGGCUUUGAGGAUGGGGACCGCAUAAAAGUGGACUUAAGGUCCGAAUCUUCAACAGUGACAGAUUAUGAAAAUGUUCCAGUUGAGGCCUAUGGGCUCGCCAUGCUGAAGGGGAUGGGCUGGAAGCCAGGGGACGGCAUUGGCCUCACCUUGAAACAGGAUGUGAAGCCAAUUGAAUGUCAGCUUCGUCCAAAAGGUUUGGGUCUUGGAGCUGACCGUUCGAUAAUCAAGGACCUGGAACCGAAUCGUCAUCGACGCCCCCCAAAACCAGGCGAAGAGCAGGUUAAGGAAGAGGAACUAGUGCUUGGUCCUGGAGGCUUUGUGCUGGUUGAGUCUGGAGCACAUAAAGAUCUGUAUGGCAAGAUCGAAGGUGUUGAUCCAGACAAUGCUCGUGUGAUAGUGAAGCUAGCUAUUGGCGGAAAGACUGUGGUGGUCAGCCAGUAUGCUAUUAAACUGGUCCCACGCAAGGAAUAUGAGAAAAACAGCAAAGACCUCAGUCGCCUCAGUAAAGCUUUUAAAGAGAAGGAAAAGGAGAGAGAGCGAGAAAAGGAGCAACAGAAACGGGACAAGGAGAUGACUAACAGUGAUGAAAGGACUAAACACAAGUCUUCAGAAAGAGAUGGAGGAAAAGAAGACAGGAAGCGGAAACACAGAGAAUCCAGGCAAGAUAGAGAAAAACCUCAUUUUAAAGAAUCGAGACGAGUACCUCCUGCCCCCUCCUGGCUUCAGAGAGAUUUGAAAGUACGCUUCAUUGACAAAGCUUUCAAAGGAGGCAGAUAUUAUAACACAAAGAUGCGUGUAGAGGAUAUCCUGACGGCAAACAGCUGUGUGUGUCGAACUGAGGAGGGAAGAUUGUUAGAUGAUGUGAAGCAGGAUAUGCUGGAAACCAUUGUGCCAAAGAGUGAAUAUGAUGUCAUAAUGGUCGUACUGGGUGAACACAGGGGACAGGUGGGCCGUAUUCUCCAGCGGGACAAGAACCAGUGCAGCGCAAUGGUCCAGCUAGGCCGGCAUGAGAAGAAAGUCUUCACACUGGACUAUGACUCCAUUUGUCACUAUGUUGGAGACAGAGACCACUGAUUGGUCUCUGAUAUUUAUCCCAC